AUGUUGCUCAAUAUCUCCAGGCAUGGGGUAGCUCAAUUCUUGAGUGCAUGGGCAGAUGGACCUGAAUAUGUAACUCAAUGCCCAAUUAUUCCUGGAAAUAGCUACACCUACAAGUUCAACGUUACCAGACAGGAGGGAACCCUUUGGUGGCAUGCUCAUAUUUCAUUUCUUCGUGCCACCGUCUAUGGUGCAAUCGUGAUACGACCCCGACCUGGUCGUACUUACCCUUUCCCUAAACCCUACAAGGAAUAUCCAAUUCUCUUAGGAGAAUGGUGGAAUGCAAGUGUUGUAGACGUGCUUAACCAAGCCCUUGCCACUGGAGCUACCCCACUUAAUUCUGAUGCUUACACCAUUAAUGGCCAGCCGGGCGACCUCUACAAUUGCUCUUCUAACCAUACAUAUAAAAUUAAGGUCAAAUUCGGGAAGACCUAUCUCUUGCGUAUCAUCAAUGCUGCACUCAAUUCCCAUUUUUUCUUCAAGCUCGCCAAUCACAAGUUCACCGUUGUCUCUGUCGAUGCUGCCUACACUAAUCCAUACGUGACGGACAUCGUGGUCAUCGCCCCCGGUCAAACCGUCGACGUCAUGUUGACCGCCGAUCAGAAACCGGACUUUUACUACAUAGCAGCCAGUCCCUAUGUUAGCUCACAAGCUCCCACAGAUACCACCACCACCACCGCAAUAUUAGCUUACGACGGUGCCGCCAUCGCCAAGUCAUCACCUACUCCUCCGAUCAUGCCUAUCAUGCCGCCCCUUAACGACACCGAGACGGCCCACAAGUUCUACUCUAACUUAACUGGACUCGUCACAUCUCCGUUCUGGGCCGGAGUUCCGACCACAGUAGAUGAGGACUUACUUGUGACUGUCGGAAUGGGCUUGAUCCCUUGCGACGGGCAAGGAAACAACAGCUGCGGUGGCCCGGGUGGACAGCGAUUUGCUUCUAGCAUGAACAACGUGUCAUUCCAGUUGCCUACCAAAAUGUCAUUGCUACAAGCUUUUGUUCAAAAUGAAGGUGGAAUUUACAGUACAGAUUUUCCAAACCAACCUCUUGUCGUUUUUGAUUACACGAAUCCGGCCAAUAGGUUUAAACCGGCCAUUAUAUUGACGUCCAAGUCAACCAAAGUGAUCCAGGUUAAAUACAAUUCAACGGUUCAGAUGGUGCUGCAAAAUACGGCCAUACUUAACGCUGAAAACCACCCAAUGCAUCUUCAUGGAUUCAAUUUCCAUGUUUUGGCUCAAGGGUUUGGCAAUUACAAUGCUUCUGAGGACAUUAAGAAUUUCAAUUUGGUGAAUCCGCAAGAACGUAACACCAUAGCCGUACCUUCUGCUGGAUGGGCGGUUAUUCGAUUCCGAGCAAACAACCCUGGUGUAUGGUUUAUGCAUUGUCACGUGGAGGUGCACGUGCCAUGGGGUUUAGCCACAGCUAUCAUAGUCGAGAAUGGACCAACUCCUUCAACCACACUACCUCCUCCUCCCUACGACUUACCAAAAUGUUAG